AUGGCGACGGCGCUCGCAAAACGGCUACCCUCCUUCAGAGUCGGCGAGAAAGAGCUUUACCUCCCCUCCGCCACCCUAACCUUCCACCGCUCCACGAACCCCUACAACGCCCGGUUCCGCGUCCCCCUUACCUUCUCCAAACUCGACCUCCGCGACUACCUCUGGCACGCCUACUCCGUCGAAAUCCUCUCCGUGCGCUCCUACGUCAAACAACAACGCGUUCGCUCCGGCCGGCCUUCCGACAUCCGCCCCGCAAUGCGUCGCUGGCAUCGACCCAGGUCGCAGAAGUUCAUGACGGUGGAGUUGGCAAGACCGUUUGUGUGGCCAGAGGAGCCGACGGAUUUCAGCGAGUGGAAUAGGGAAGAGGUGGAGAAGAGUGAUAAGGAGCAGGAGGAGUUUGGGAAGAACCUUUCGAGUACGAAGGAUACGAAUAUCAAUAAGGAGAGGAGGGAGAGGAUGAGGGAGCAGGCGAAGGAGUUGUUGGAGGGGAAGACGAGGUGGACGCCGGGCGUGGGGAGGGCGCAGGGGACGUUUGUUAGUAGGGCGUGA